AUGCCGACGAGGUCGAUGGGGUAUAUCUUUUUGCUCACGCUUGCGAUCGGUGGGUUGCAGAUUAGUUGGUCGACCGAGUUUUCCAAUGGAACACCGUUCCUACUCUCGCUCGGAAUGUCAAAGACGCUGAUGAGUCUAGUCUGGAUCGCUGGUCCGCUCUCUGGUGUACUUGUGCAGCCGAUCGUGGGCAUGCUAAGUGACUCGAGCAAGUCGCGGUUCGGCAAGCGCAGACCGUUCAUGGUCGGCGGAACCUGCUUUACGAUUCUCAGCUUGUUUCUGCUCAGCUGGUCGAUCGACAUUGUGCGCGUGCUGUUUGGAUGGUUUGUCGAUAACUUGACGGUCGUCACGCAGACUUUUGCGGUGUUGAUGGUUUAUAUGCUUGACUUUUCUAUCGGGACUGUCCAAGCAAGUUCGCGAGCAAUCAUUGUCGACAACGCGCCGAUCCAUCAGCAGCAGACGGCAAACGCAUUUGCAGCCGUUCUCACCGGUGCCGGCAACAUUGUCGGCUUCAUCCUCGGCGUGAUCGAUCUGCCAAAAGUGUUCCCGUUCCUGGGAAACACGCAAUUCCGAGUCCUCGCUUUCUUUGCCAGUCUCGCGCUCAUCAUCUCCGUCGGGCUGGCGUGUCUUUACAUUCACGAGCGGAAUCCGAAUCUGGAGGGCAGCGGUGCGGUGAUGGUGGAGCAGGAGACGCAUCCGUACUCGAUCCCGGAGUUUUACUCUAAAGUGAAGCGCGGCGUGACGCGUCUGAGCCCCCAGGUCCGACUGAUUUGCGACACCGAGUUCUUUGCCUGGAUCGGAUAUUUCCCGAUGCUGUUCUAUACCACCACGUACGUUGGCGAGAUGUACUACCGCGAGCAGAUGGAUAUCCGCGAGGCGAACUCGCUGCCGCCGUUGUCGGACGACGAGAUCGAUAAGCUAUGGGAAGCAGCCACGCGCUACGCCAGCCGCGCGCUACUUCUGUACUCGAUAAUGUCGCUGACCGCGAACCUCGUGCUUCCGCUCAUCGUCGCGCCGUCAUACUCUGAUCCCAAUGACGCAGCAGCCAAGACGGCUACGUCGGCCUCGUCGCGGCUGCGAAUCAAGUGGCUGACGCUGCCGCGCUCGUGGAUGCUCUCACAUCUCGUAUUUGCCGCCGCGAUGUUUUCCACGUUCUUCAUCCACACGGGCGCGCAGGCGUCGGUGAUGAUCACGCUGCUGGGGAUUCCGUGGGCGCACGCGCUGUGGGCGCCGUUUGCGCUGAUCGCGGAGGACGUGGCGCGGGUGAAGGCGAAGCUGAGGCAUCCGUCGAUGAUUUACAAGUACGAGCACGAGGCGGGUAUUAUCAUGGGUGUGCACAACGUGUUUGUGUCGUUGCCGCAGGUGCUGAGUUCGCUGGGGUCGAGCAUUCUGUUCAAGUUACUGGCCAAGCCGGGACGGGGCGACGCGGGGGAUAACAGCAUAGUCUGGAUCUUUAGACUGAGUGGGUUCGGCGCGUUGGUUGCGGCGUAUCUGAGCACGAAGAUUAAGACGCCGGAUCAAAUCAAGCUCGAGGAUAUCUUUGACGAGCAGGAGGAGGAGGAGGAGGAGGGUGGUGAGGAGAACGAGGAUGUGGAAGCGGGGCGGAAUGUGUGA